UUAUUGUCAUUUCCUUCAAAACACUCCAAAAUCAUAUGCACUUGGAAAGCAAAUAUGGUUUCUCCGGUCUGCACGCGUUUUUUUGUACCACCAGACGGUGCGUAUUUUUUAUAGCAGCGCUUUCCAUGUUAAAGACGUAAAAGGGCUGCCAGGAGAACUCGAGAUUUUAAAACUUUCGUGCAAUUCUGUAUGUGUGGUGGUAUCCACAAUCCAGCGUAGCUUUCGUGUAACAUGUCUGAAGAGAGGCUAACGGUAGUUUAACACAGACUUUCUCCACCUUCACGGUUUCGUGGUUUUCAACAUCAGCACCAGUCAACUGGUCCGUCAUGAAGAGAACGCAAAGACGUACGCGUGCCACCGAGUCGUCGUCUACCAGAAAGCCCAACCAAACAGGGGGAAGAGGGCGACCUGGGCGCAGGGGGAAACCACGGAAAUUCUCUGUAGAAAACUCAUCAUCGUCAACCAGUGAACGGAGUUUUCAGGACGAUAUAGACGAAGAAGGUGUGAACGCCCUUGGACAUGGCACUGAAAACAGUAGAAAACACACACAUGCAACUAAAAAACAGAAAGGAAACUUUCGGCUUACCACUGCCUUUUGUCGCCUAUGUCAUGGGAAAUUUUCCAUACGGAGACUACGACAUGCCUUCGAUAAAGAGUUUGGGAAUGACAUGGAUGUGGACGUCUUGGACUUAGAGAUGUUGAAAGCCCCGUUGCUUUUUUGCUCAGACUUUCAACGGCUCCUCGGCGUUCCUAUGAACCGUGACCCCCACCUGUCUCCAUUUAUUUGUAAGACCUGUCAUGGUCAGUUUUACAAGUGCCACCGCAUCCUUGCGGAUUUUCGUAAGAAAGUAAACCAUACGCCUGCAAGCCAUGACGGCAAAAGGGGAUCAUCUGAAAGUGUGCCUGCUGCGGAUGGAGCCUCAUCAGGCACCGCCAUCACCUCCGACCCCAAGUGUCUCCACAGCCUGGUGUCCUGGGCCCAUCACCACGGCGAGGCGUGCCGGUCCUGUCCCAACCUGAAGGAGGUGCUGGAGGGCCAGUGCUGGGGCUCGGUGAAGGCAGUGUGGGGCUGCGUGGACGGACACAGCUACGUGUUGGACUCCGACGACAGCCAGGCAACAGCAAAUUCCAGUCAUGUGUCAGCGGCGGAAGGAGGGAAGCCUGGCAAAGAUGGCAGCCAUCACAGGGCGUCCAGGACGCCUCGCAAAACGGGCAAUGCUGCCACCGCCAGCAGCACUGUCCAGCCAAGUCCAGUCACCACUCCCCAAACACAGCAGCACUCCAACCAGGGCAACAUCUCCUCGCCUAGCACAGAUGGUCUGUUCCCAAAUGAGGAGAUGUCGUCUUUAGUAGCAGCCCAGCCUACGGAAAACACAGCAGACAGUGACCUGUCCGACAGGAACUUCUCCAGUGAUGAGGAGUAUGGAGACGGGAGAAAGUGUGCCUCGUCAGAUGAGCAGGCAGACACCUACACACCCAAACAACCUGUGCCAAGUAAGAAGCGUAGCAAAGUGCCAAAGCCUCCACCACAGCCUAAGGAGAGGAAGAAGCCCGGGCCCAAGAAAAAACCCAAGUCUGAAAGGGAGGAGUUGCCCAACAUCUACAAGUGUCCUUACCAAGGCUGCACUGCGGUGUACCGGGGCUCAGAUGGCAUGAAGAAACAUAUAAAAGAGCACCAUGAGGAGGUGAGGGAACGGCCCUGCCCCCAUCCUGGCUGCAACAAGGUCUUCAUGAUCGACCGCUACCUGCAGAGGCAUGUCAAACUCAUCCACACAGAGGAGAGGAACUACAUCUGUGACCAGUGUGGACAGACCUUCAAGCAGAGGAAGCAUCUGUCAGUACACCAGAUGCGGCACUCAGGAGCAAAGCCACUGCAGUGUGAGGUGUGUGGCUUCCAGUGUCGUCAGAGAGCCUCUCUGAAGUACCACAUGACCAAGCACAAGGCCGAGGCCGAGCUGGACUUCGCCUGCAACAUGUGCAGCAAGCGCUUCGAGAAGGCACACAACCUCAACGUCCACAUGUCCAUGGUGCACCCACUCACCCAGGCCUCCCCCAAUGACGCCCCAGCCCCUGUACCUGUUCCUGCUCCCACUUCUGACCUGGACAUGUCAAGGCAGGCGAGCCUUAGCACUGAAACACCACUACAAACGCAACUCCAGGGAUUCAAUACUGUGCCUGCAUCGCAGGACACUUCCAGGACUAUUGUGUCAGGAUCCGAGAUGAAUUUCAUGCUGGAGAGUCUCUGAUGAUGAGGUCUGAAGGUGUGCCAUUGAAUUAGAGCCCAAUUAUCAUUGAAAUGAACUACAGGACUUUUUUUUUUUUUUUACAAUUAUGGAAUAAACUGGGGGGUUAUUUCUUAAGUGGUCAAGCAUCAAACCUGGUUUACAUAAGACAGAGGUAAGUAUAGAGCUAGUAGAAGAAAUAAUAAAAUAAUGAGAAUAAUGAAACUUGGGCUCAACAGACUCUGGCGUAACUAAAUCUAACCUAUCACUUGUCCACCUUUGAAGAUACCUCACUGCAGACCAUUGGCAAUUGACGUGAUUUUUUUUUUUUUUUAAGCUAAUCAUUCUAUUAAGAACCAGACGCUGUGUAAAAAAAACUUUGCACUAGUGAGUCCAAUGUUACAUAAGGCUUAUAACAUUAUAUUGUGACUUAGCAGUGUGGGAAAUAUUUUUUUUAUGCAUCUAUUAUUAUGGAAAUCAUGUAUUCCAUUGUAAAGCAGAUUUGUUUUAGGAGUGAGCCAUCAUGACUUGUGAGCAGAAAGAUUGAAGGUAUUUGUGUUUUGUGUCUGUCACACACCAGAUAAUGUUAGGACUGUUACAUCAGUGUCAAGCAUUGGUGCCAAUAACUGAAAAAAAUAUGAAAGGGACCCAUGGUUUGCACAAAGGUCCCAAAGACGCAGCAAUGUUGGAUAUUUGGCACUGAUUUUUUUU